AAAAAGUCCGACUGGUUUCAGUGUGAGGCCCGCGAACGAAAGAAAAUAAUUUAAGUUUCGCGACUCGGUUUGCGCGCGUUUGUUCCUUAAAUUAUUUUAUGACUUUAAGAACGCAAAACGUAACUUUAUUGCAGACGAUAAUUUAAAGAUUUUUUUUUCAUUAAAACAAAAAAAUAUUUUAUUCUAGGGAUAUAAAUUUUUAGUUGUUUAUUUAGUUUUUAAUUAAAUCGUUCUUCGAAAAAUUUAAAGAAAGUUCGAGAUGAAUUUGUAUACAAUGUUUUGAUAAGUUUUUCUUUAAAAAAAACAGACAAAUAAAAAACAAUGAUGUGCUUAGAAUGAAUUGGAUAAUUAUUAGUAUUUGUUCGAAAAGAUUUCAAAAAAUUUGCAAGUGGGUUUGAAGAAAGAGAGUGUGCUAUAUUUCUAAAGAUCUUUCCCAUCAUCAUGCUACUGGAUAGAAGAUUCAUAAUUCUUCUGUUGCUCAUACUGCUGGAUGUGGCAUAUACUAAAAAUAUUCAUCACAAGUCAAAACAUCAUCAUGAUAAUGAAGUACUGGAUACUGAUGAACGCUUGGCUUUGGAACACAGUCAGAGAGUAGCCGAAGCUGGAGCUUGUGAUGAACCUAAACUCCAUGUUAUACACGUCAGUGAUCAUUAUCCCGGAAGAUACUUUUUGCCUCAUUGUACAGUACUGCAUAGAUGUGGCAAGCAUGCUGGAUGUUGUGGUACAGAUCGUUUACGAUGCGUUGCCAAAACAAAAGAAAAGGUGACGCUCCAUUUCUACAGUGUUCGUAUCGGUGAACAUGGUGCUCCAACAGAACGUCAAAUCGAAAAAUUAACAUUCUACAAUCACACUAAGUGUGCAUGUGCUCCUGCGCACCAUGCCAUGAAACAUGAUCUAUGAUAAGCAACCUGAUUAUAAGUUAACAUUUAUUUAAUAGCAGGAGGUAAUAUUUACUAUGAACAUGCUAAGCUGGACUUAAAUGCAAUAAUGUGAAAAUGCAGCGGCGCGAUUUUUAUUGACUACAAAAACUGGACAUUGUAUUUUUGCAUCCAUUUUGCAAUUUUAUCAUGUUUACAAGAUAUUUUUAUUCGAUAGUUUUAUAUUUGGAGAAUAAAAUUGUAAAAAGAGACAAUACUUUUGAUUUGAUUACGGUUUUUUCCAUGUUUAUAUUAUUCAGUUUAUAUAUUUCCAUGUUUAUAUUAUUCAUAUUAUGCAUCUAAGCAUAAUUAUUGUUAAAAGGCAACAUCAUUGUGAUGGCUUAAAAUAAAAACAAUUAUGUUAGUAAGCUUACUGAUAGCA